CCCUUUCCUCCCCUCCCUCCCCCACCCCCACCCCCCGCUGGAUUUGGGGGCAGCGGCCAUGGGAGGGAAGGCUCCAGCCAGCCGGAGAGGCGGCUGGCAUAUAGAGGAGCCACUCGCCCUGUUUUGAAAGCGCGAGGAAGUUUGUCUGGGCAAUGAACCAGAGGGAGCACGCAGGAGAGGGGAGAGAGCCGUGCGCCCUCGAGGCAGCAGAGAUGCGGCUCCUUGCGCACUGACUGAAGGCCACUCUCUGGGGCGAGGGGAGCCAGGCAGGGGAUGGAUGUUUAGCCAGGAGGAGGAAGGAGAACCCAGCCACCUUCAUGGGGCGCUGAAGGGGUGAGUCUCGCCGCCACCUCUCUCGGCGCACCGAUGGCCAGGUGAAAAAAAUGUCCCACUUUUAGCAGCGCUGGAUGGAAGCGAGGACCCCCUUCUCCAGGCUGCUGUGGAGCGGGGUGCGGGAAAGGAUGUCCACUCCACGCUCCGGAGCCGCGAUGCUCUGUUCCCCGAGCCGCGUCCGGUGUCUCUGGGAUGCGCUGCUGGGAUGCGGCGAGACCCUCUGAGCUCCAUCCUCGAGGACCAGAGACGUCUGGCAAGCUGCGCCUCUUCACCUGCAAGGCCUACCGGAGUCAAACCUCCCUCGCUCGCUUGCUUGUUUCGGUAGAAGCGGCUCGGGCUGGGCCGUGGGGGUCGCAGUUCUCCUCAGGGAGAGGAUCAUGAAAGAGGAAGACCUCAUUGGAGAAGACGACGAGAUGCCAUCCUUCAGAUACAGGCCAAAUGGCCGGAUGAGGACCAACUGCAGUCAGUGCGAGAAGACCCUGACCCUGCAGACGUCCGUGAAAGUCCUGUAUGUCUUUGUCGUCUUGCUCAUUGUGGCUGUGGUGGUGCUGGCAGCUCUGGUCUUCAAGAAGGUGGAUUCCAUAGCUGACGAUGUUAACUCGGCCCAGACGUACUAUGAAAAGAAAAUCGGGUCGGUCCAGGAGAACCUCCAAGAGCUGGAUCAGAAAUCCCUGGGCAACUGCUCCUUCUGCCACGAUGCAGGCCAGCUGGGACAGGAGAUCAGCAGGCUGCAGGAGGAGCUGGAAGGAAUCCAGAAGAAGCUCUUGGCACAGGAUGUGUUGCUCGACCGAGCUGGCCAGACCCACCAGCAGCUCUCGUCCGCCAGCAACAAGGUCAACGACGAGGUGGACGGGUGCUUCUCCGCCAUCCAGCGGGUCAACCAGAGCCUGGCGCUCUUCCUGGCGCAGGUGAGGGGCUGGCAGGGGGCCACUUCCGAGCUGGGCAGCUCACUGAAGGAGCUGUCGCAAGAGCGCUUCGACAUGGAGGCUGCCGUGCAACAGAUGAACUUCACCGUCGGCCAGACCUCCGACUGGGUGCACAUCAUCCAGAGGAAGAUGAACGAGGAAACCUUGACGCUGCAGAAGAUCGUGUCCGACUGGCAGAACUACACCCGCCUGCUGGGGGGCUUGAGGACCACCUCCUCCAAAACUGGGGAGCUGGUCAAGGGCAUCCAGACCAGCCUGGGCAUCACCUCGCAGAGGAUCGGGCAGAACUCGGAGGGCAUGCACGACCUGGUUUUGCAAGUCAUGAGCCUGCAGUUGCAGCUGGACAACGUCUCCUCCUUCCUGGACGACCACGAGGAGAACAUGCAUGACCUCCAGUACCAUGCCCGCUACACGCAGAACCGGACGGCCGAGCACUUUGAGACGCUCGAAGGACGCAUGACCUCCCACGAGAUCGAAAUCAGCACCAUCUUCACCAACAUCAACGCCACCGACAGCCACGUCCACAGCAUGCUCAAAUACCUGGACGACGUCCGGCUCUCCUGCACGCUGGGCUUCCAUGCGCACGCCGAGGAGCUCUACUACCUGAACAGGUCGGUCAGCCUCAUGCUCAGCGCCACCGACCUCCUGCGCGAGCGCUUCAGCCUUCUCAGCGCCCGCCUGGACUUUGACAUCCGUAACCUCUCCAUGGUCAUGGAAGAGAUGAAGGCGGUGGACACCCGACACGGGCAGAUCCUCCGAAACGUCACUGUCUUGCGAGGUGUCCCUGGCCCCCCCGGCCCUCGAGGAUACAGAGGCGAUGUUGGCGUCAAAGGGCCGACCGGGAGCAGAGGAGCGAAAGGCGAUUCCGGGAGCCUGGGGCCACCGGGGCCCCCAGGAGCCCAGGGCCCCCCAGGCAACCCAGGCCCUCCAGGCGAGAGAGGCCUCGUGGGCACGAAAGGCCUCCCUGGCUUCAAAGGGGCCAAGGGAAGCUUCGGACAAGGGGGCACCAAAGGGCAAGCGGGCCCCAAGGGCGAUGUGGGGCCCCCAGGGCCUGGGGGGCCACCGGGACCAGCUGGACCUCCUGGGCUGCAGGGGAAGCCGGGCAUCCCAGGGAAAAUGGGGCCGCCGGGCCCAAUCGGGCCGACCGGGCCAAAAGGGGACCCUGGGAUCCAGGGGCGGCCGGGGUUACCGGGGCCUCCAGGGCCCCCGGGAAUGUGAGCAAUUCCUUUGUCCCCCAUACAAAAGGGGGGGUGGUAGAUGUGUUGGAGGUGGGCAGGCGGACAGACUCUUUUUGACUGCAGGCAGCUGCCCCCCACAUCCAUGGAAGGUCCCACCACCCCAGCUCCUGCCCUCAUUUAUUCUGCACAGUUCGGGGCACCGUUUGCAGCAGCUUCGGGGAAACUGGAGAACCAUCCAAGGCGAAGGGUUGCAGCUGCUAAACUCCAGCCACCCUCCUGCCUCGUGUCAAGCACCUUCUUUGCCCGCCCCCCGCCCCAGGACCACUGAGAUCGAA